UUUUCCUUCCAUCUUUGAGCGCGGUUGUUGUGUCCGCGGUGGCGGGGCUUUUUUUCGCCUGUGGCUCGAUGGAGGAUGAAAAUCUCCCGCAGCCCAAAGAAACUCCGAUAAAUUAUUACCGCAUUGUUCAGUCUCCCAGUGUCCGCGGGGUCUCGGCACCCUGACACACCGGAAAUGAGCCGUAUUCAGCGCCGGACUGGAGAUAUUUUGUGAGCGCGAGCGCUGAUAAGAUCUGAGUCCAGGCCUGGCUCAGUAGGUUUCUAUCUGAUACAGUGUUGAAUCUCAGGAUGAGGAAACAUCAACAUUAUAAAGGAGCUGAAGUGAGCUGCUGCGUCAAAUACUUUCUGUUCGGCUUCAACAUCAUCUUCUGGUUGCUGGGAGCAGCGUUCCUGGCUAUCGGACUCUGGGCAUGGGCUGAAAAGGGCGUGUUGUCGAACCUGUCCUCCAUCACGGAUCUGGGCGGCUUCGAUCCCGUGUGGCUCUUCAUCGUAGUCGGAGGGGUGAUGUUCAUCCUGGGCUUUGCCGGCUGCAUCGGCGCUCUGAGAGAAAACACCUUCCUGCUCAAAUUUUUCUCUGUGUUUUUAGGGCUGAUCUUUUUCCUCGAGCUCACUGCUGGAAUUCUGGCCUUCGUCUUUAAAGACUGGAUCAAAGACCAGCUGAACUUCUUCAUCUACAACAACGUCAAAGCGUACAGAGACGACAUCGACCUGCAGAACCUCAUUGAUUUUGCCCAGGAAUACUGGUUGUGCUGUGGUGCCCACGGCCCGGACGACUGGAACCAGAACAUCUAUUUCAACUGCACAAAGCUGAACCCGAGUCGGGAACGCUGCGGUGUGCCUUUCUCCUGCUGCAUCAAGGACCCGUCUGGAGUUCUGAACACUCAGUGCGGAUAUGAUGUUCGGCUUGAAGCAGAACUGGAUCGACAGGACUACAUCUACACUAAGGGGUGUGUGGGGCAGUUCGAAAAGUGGCUGCAGGACAAUUUGAUUGUCGUCGCUGGAAUCUUUGUGGGAAUCGCACUUCUACAGAUCUUCGGCAUCUGCCUCGCCCAGAACCUGGUGAGCGACAUUAAAGCGGUCAAAGCCAACUGGUGACACUACAAAGAGCCGAUUCAGCCGAGUGACCUCUGUCCAUGUGUGUGUGUGU